CUUUCUGAAGAGGAGGCCGCAUCUAGGUCACGUACUAAAUUCAACAAACAGCAACUUCAGGAGCUAGAGAAGAGCUUUGAGGAACACAGAUACAUAGGGUCCAAUGAGAAGAAGCGGUUGUCCAAGGUGCUGAAGUUAUCUGAGGCCCAGGUUAAGACAUGGUUUCAAAAUCGAAGGAUGAAGUUCAAGCGUCAAGGUCAAGAUGCACGAGUUGAAGCUUUAAUUUCCAGACUUUACGUGCCAUACUAUGGCUACUCAGAUUUUCAAACCCCGACCUGCCCUGUCUGUCCUGAACCGGCCAUACCCUUUACCCCUCCAAUAUCUACCCACCAUCGUGCACUACUUUCUGCUACAAUGAUUACACCAAGAAAUCCUCCAACAUCCAUGAUGCCACCAGCAAACCUUGGUUCUUACCCAUGCCCUUCAGUGCUUGUGCAUCCAUCACUUAAGGAGUCAUAUGGGCUAAGAUACUCCCCAUAUUAA